AUGAUGCCCCACAAGAAGAAAAAGCGGAGGAAGAAAGACAUCGACUUUCUGGGCUUGUACGAGGAGGAGCUGCUGAACUACGACUCGGAGGACAACGAGGGCGAGCUGGAGCAUGAGUACUACAAGGCCAGGGUGUACGAAGUGGUCACAGCCACGGGAGAUGUUCGUGGUGCAGGGACGGAUGCCAAUGUCUUCAUUACAAUUUUUGGAGAGAAUGGACUCUCUCCCAAGCUUCAUCUCACCAGCAAGAGUGAGUCUGCUUUCGAGAAAGCCAACGUCGAUGUGUUCCGGGUGAGAACGAACAACGUGGGCCUCAUCUAUAAAAUCAGGAUUGAGCAUGAUAACACAGGCUUGAAUGCAAGCUGGUACCUGAACCAUGUCAUUGUGACCGAUAUGAAGAGGCCUCAUCUCCGUUUCUACUUCAACUGCAAUAACUGGCUGAGCAAGGUUGAGGGUGACCGCCAGUGGUGCCGGGACCUGCUGGCCAGCUUCAACCCCAUGGACAUGCCUAGAGGUAACAAGUACGAAGUCAAAGUGUACACUGGUGACGUCAUUGGUGCAGGGACAGAUGCUGAUGUCUUCAUCAAUAUUUUUGGAGAGUAUGGAGAUACAGGAGAGCGUAGGCUGGAAAAUGAGAAGGACAACUUUGAAAAGGGAGCCGAAGACAAGUUCAUGCUGGAUGCCCCGGAUUUAGGGCAGCUGAUGAAGAUCAAUGUGGGUCAUAACAACAAGGGGGGAUCUGCGGGCUGGUUCCUAUCCAAGAUUGUCAUUGAGGACUUUGGGAACAAAAGGAAGUAUGACUUCCCCCUCAACCGCUGGUUGGCCUUGGAUGAAGAUGAUGGCAAAAUCCAAAGAGAUAUCUUAGUGGGCGGAGCUGAGACCACAGCCAUCACCUAUAUUGUCACUGUCUUUACUGGGGACAUCCGUGGAGCUGGGACCAAAUCCAAAAUCUACUUGGUCAUGUAUGGGGCGAGAGGGAAUAAGAACAGUGGGAAAAUCUUCCUGGAAGGCGGUGUGUUUGAUCGAGGCCGCACAGACAUCUUCCACAUUGAGCUGGCCGUCCUCCUCAGUCCACUGAGCCGGGUCUCCAUCGGGCACGGCAAUGUGGGUGUCAACCGAGGCUGGUACUGUGAGAAGGUGGUGAUUCUAUGCCCCUUCACUGGCAUCCAGCAGACUUUUCCCUGUAGCAACUGGCUGGAUGAGAAGAAAGCAGACGGGCUGAUUGAGAGACAACUCUACGAGAUGGUGUCUCUGAGGAAGAAGCGACUGAAAAAAUUUCCCUGGUCCCUGUGGGUCUGGACAACUGACCUGAAGAAAGCAGGCACCAACACGCCCAUCUUCAUCCAGAUUUAUGGGCAGAAGGGGCGGACAGAUGAGAUUCUUCUGAAUCCCAACAACAAGUGGUUCAAACCAGGCAUUAUCGAGAAGUUUAGGAUUGAGCUCCCAGAUCUUGGCAGAUUUUACAAGAUUCGGGCAUGGCAUGACAGGAGGAACCCCGGCUCUGGAUGGCAUCUAGAAAGGAUGACCCUGAUGAACACUCUGAAUAAGGACAAGUAUAACUUCAAUUGCAACCGCUGGCUGGAUGCCAAUGAAGAUGACAAUGAGAUCGCGAGGGAAAUGACUGCCGAGGGCCCAACAGUGCGGAGGAUAAUGAGCAUGGCCCGGUACCGUGUGACGGUGUGCACAGGGGAACUCGAAGGCGCGGAGACCAAUGCCAACGUCUAUCUCUGCCUUUUUGGUGACGUGGGGGACACGGGAGAACGGCUGCUAUUCAACUGCAGGAAUAACACUGACCUGUUUGAGAAGGGCAAUGCUGACGAGUUCACCAUCGAGUCUGUCACCAUGCGGAAGGUGAGGCGGGUGAGGAUCAGACACGAUGGCAAAGGCUCGGGGAGCGGGUGGUACGUGGACCGGGUGCUGGUGAGAGAGGAAGGCCAGCCCGAGAGCGACAAUGUGGAGUUCCCGUGUCUCAGGUGGCUAGACAAGGAUAAGGAUGAUGGACAGCUGGUUCGAGAGCUGCUGCCCAGUGACAGCAAUGCCACGCUCAAGAAUUUCCGCUAUCAUAUCAGCAUAAAAACUGGGGAUCUCUCUGGAGCCAGCACAGACUCUAAGGUCUAUAUCAAGCUUUAUGGAGAGAAAUCUGACACCAUCAAGCAAAUUCUUCUUGUCUCUGACAACAACCUCAAGGAUUAUUUUGAACGUGGCCGGGUGGAUGAGUUUACCCUCGAGACUCUGAACAUUGGAACUAUUAACCGGUUGGUGAUUGGGCAUGACGGCACAGGCAUGCACGCAGGGUGGUUCCUGGGCAGUGUCCAAAUCCGUGUGCCCCGCCAAGGCAAGCAGUACACCUUCCCUGCCAACCGCUGGCUGGACAAGAACCAGGCAGAUGGGCGUCUAGAGGUGGAGCUUUACCCCAGCGAGGUCGUGGAAAUCCAGAAAUUGGUCCACUACGAGGUUGAGGUUUGGACAGGGGACAUGGGUGGUGCAGGCACCACUGCCCGAGUCUACGUGCAGAUUUAUGGCGAGGAAGGCAAGACCGAAGUACUCUUCCUCUCCAGUCGCUCAAAAGUGUUUGAUCGGGCAUCCAAGGACACGUUCCAGCUGGAGGCGGCGGAUGUCGGUGAGGUCUACAAGAUCAGGCUCGGGCACACGGGCGAGGGCUUUGGGCCCAGCUGGUUCGUGGACACCGUGUGGCUGCGGCACCUGGUGGUCCGGGAAGCGAACCUCACGCCCGAGGAGGAGGCCCGGAAGAAGAAGGAGAAGGACAAACUGCGGCAGCUCCUCAAGAAGGAGAGGCUGAAGGCCAAGCUUCAGAGGAAGAAGAAAAAGAAGAAGAAGAAGGGCAGUGAUGAGGAGGAGGAGGACGAGGAGGAGGAGGAGUCCUCAUCGGAGGAGUCCUCGUCUGAAGAAGAGGAGGAAGAGGAGACGGAGGAGGAGGAGGAAGAGGAGGAGGUGGAGCCAGGCAUGCAGGAGGUGGUGCAGCAGUACAAGUUCGAGGCCCAGCGCUGGCUAGCCCGGGGCAAGGAGGACAACGAGCUUGUUGUGGAGCUGGUCCCGGCAGGGCAGCCAGAACCCGAGCCUAAUACCUACGAGGUCCAAGUGAUCACAGGGAGUGUGCCCAAGGCUGGCACUGAUGCCAACGUCUACCUGACCAUCUACAGUGAGGAGUACGGGGACACUGGCGAGCGGCCCCUGAAGAACUCAGACAAGUCCAACAAGUUUGAGCAGGGCCAGACAGAUACCUUCACCAUCUAUGCCAUUGACCUGGGGCCUCUGACCAAGAUUCGGAUUCGCCAUGACAACACAGGCAACAGGCCAGGAUGGUUCCUGGACAGAGUGGACAUCACUGACAUGAACAAUGAGAUCACGUACUAUUUCCCGUGCCAACGUUGGCUGGCAGUAGAGGAAGAUGAUGGCCAACUGUCCAGGGAGCUAUUGCCAGUGGACGAAUCCUAUGUGCUGCCCAGCGAAGAUGAGGAGGGUGGGGGACACGGUGACAGUAACCCCCUUGACAACCUGGCCCUGGAACAAAAAGACAAAUCAACCACAUUCUCAGUGACCGUGAAGACUGGGGACAAGAAGAAUGCGGGUACAGAUGCCAAUGUUUUCAUCACGCUCUUUGGCACACAGGAUGACAAUGGAAUGACCCUCCUGAAAUCCUCCAAGACCAACAGUGACAAGUUUGAGAGAGGCAGCAUUGAAAUCUUCACAGUGGAGACACUGGAUCUGGGAGACCUCUGGAAAGUUAGGAUCGGCCAUGACAACACAGGCAAGGCCCCCGGCUGGUUUGUAGACUGGGUAGAAGUGGACGCCCCAUCUCUUGGAAAGUCUAUGACGUUUCCCUGUGGCCGCUGGCUGGCCAAGAACGAAGACGAUGGGAGCAUCGUCAGGGACCUCUUCCACGCAGAGCUGCAGACAAGGCUGUACACGCCAUUUGUCCCUUACGAGAUCAUCCUCUAUACCAGUGAUGUCUUUGCUGCUGGGACUGACUCCAACAUCUUCAUCGUCAUCUACGGCCUUGAUGCUGUGUGCACCCGGCAGAAAUUCCUAUGCACCAACAAGAGGGAGCAGAAGCUGUUCUUCGAGAGGAAGUCGGCCUCCCGCUUCAUUGUGGAGUUGGAAGAUGUGGGUGAAAUCAUUGAAAAAAUCCGCAUUGGCCAUGAUAACACGGGCAUCAACCCUGGUUGGCACUGUUCCCAUGUGGACAUCCGCAGGCUCCUUCCAGACAAAGAUGGUACGGAGACCUUGACUUUCCCAUGUGAUCGGUGGCUUGCCACCUCUGAGGACGACAAGAAAACCAUCCGAGAACUGGUCCCUUAUGACAUCUUCACCGAGAAAUACAUGAAAGAUGGAUCCUUAAGACAAGUGUACAAGGAAGUUGAGGAGCCUUUGGACAUUGUGCUGUACUCGGUGCAGAUCUUCACGGGGAAUGUUCCUGGGGCGGGCACAGAUGCUAAAGUCUACAUCACCAUCUACGGAGACCUUGGGGACACUGGGGAGCGGUACCUUGGCAAGUCAGAGAACCGCACCAACAAGUUUGAGAAAGGAACGGCUGACACCUUCAUCAUUGAGGCUGCUGACCUGGGAGUCAUCUACAAGAUCAAGCUCCGCCACGACAACACCAAAUGGUACGCAGAUUGGUAUGUGGAGAAGGUGGAGAUCUGGAACGACACCAAUGAGGACGAGUUCCUAUUCCUGUGUGGACGCUGGCUGUCCCUGAAGAAGGAGGAUGGGCGGCUGGAGAGGCUCUUUUAUGAGAAGGAGUACACUGGGGACCGAAGUAGCAAUUGCAGCAGCCCUGCUGACUUCUGGGAAAUUGCCUUGAGUUCCAAGAUGGCAGACGUGGACAUUGAUACAGUGACGGGGCCCAUGGCUGACUAUGUUCAGGAGGGCCCAGUUAUCCCCUACUAUGUGUCUGUGACCACCGGGAAGCACAAGGAUGCGGCCACCGACAGCCGAGCCUUCAUCUUACUCAUCGGGGAGGAUGAUGAACAUAGUAACCGCAUCUGGCUGGACUACCCCCAAGGGAAGCGGGGCUUCAGAUGUGGCUCCGUGGAGGAGUUCUACGUCGGAGGCUUGGAUGUGGGCACCAUCAAAAAAAUAGAGCUGGGCCAUGACGGGGCCUCUCCUGAGAGCUGCUGGCUGGUGGAAGAGUUGUGUUUGGCAGUGCCCACCCAGGGCACCAAAUACACGUUGCGCUGUAACUGCUGGCUUGCUAAGGACCGAGGCGAUGGUGUCACCUCUCGUGUCUUUGACCUGCUGGACGCCAUGGUGGUGAAUAUUGGGGUGAAGGUGCUUUACGAGAUGACGGUGUGGACUGGUGAUGUGGUCGGCGGAGGAACUGACUCCAACAUCUUUAUGACCCUCUACGGCAUCAAUGGGAGCACAGAGGAGGUGAAACUGGACAAAAAGAAGGCCAGGUUUGAGCGGGAGCAGAACGACACCUUCAUCAUGGAGAUCCUGGACAUCGCUCCCUUCACCAAGAUGCGCAUCCGCAUCGAUGGCAUGGGCAGCCGGCCAGAGUGGUUCCUGGAGAGGAUCCUACUGAAGAACAUGAGCACGGGAGACCUGACCAUGUUCUACUACGGAGACUGGCUGUCCCAGAGGAAGGGCAAGAAGACGUUGGUGUGUGAGAUGUGUGCCGUCAUCGACGGGGAGGAGAUGAUGGAGUGGACGUCCUACACCGUCUCAGUGAAGACCAGCGAUAUCCUGGGAGCAGGCACGGAUGCCAACGUGUUUAUCAUCAUCUUCGGGGAGAACGGGGACAGUGGGACCCUGGCCCUGAAGCAGUCGGCCAACUGGAACAAGUUUGAGCGGAACAACACAGACACGUUCAGCUUCGCCGACAUGCUGAGUCUGGGCCACCUCUGCAAGCUGAGGGUCUGGCAUGACAACAAAGGGCUCUUUCCUGGCUGGCACCUGAGCUACGUGGAUGUGAAGGACAACUCUCGCGACGAGACCUUCCGCUUUCAGUGUGACUGCUGGCUCUCCAAGAGUGAAGGCGACAGGCAGACAGUCCGUGACUUCGCGUGUGCCAACAACGAGAUCCGUGAAGAGCUGGAGGAGACCACCUACGAGAUUGUCAUAGAAACCGGCAAUGGAGGCGAAACCAGGGAGAACGUCUGGCUCAUCCUGGAGGGCAGGAAGAACCGAUCCAAAGAGUUCCUUGUGGAAAAUUCUUCCAGACAACGGGCCUUCCGGAAGGGGACCACAGACACGUUCGAGUUUGACAGUAUCUUCCUGGGGGACAUUGUCUCCCUCUGUGUAGGCCACCUGGCCAGGGAGGACAGGUUCAUCCCCAAGAGAGAGCUGGUCUGGCACGUCAAGACAAUCACCAUCACCGAGAUGGAGUACGGCAAUGUGUACUUCUUUAACUGUGACUGUCUCAUCCCCCUCAAAAGGAAGAGGAAGUACUUCAAGGUAUUUGAGGUUACCAAGACAACAGAGAGUUUUGCCAGCAAGAUCCAGAGCCUGGUGCCAGUCAAGUAUGAGGUCAUCGUAACAACAGGCUACGAGCCAGGGGCAGGCACAGACGCCAACGUCUUUGUGACCAUCUUCGGGGCCAACGGGGACACUGGCAAGCGCGAACUGAAGCAGAAACUGCGCAACCUCUUCGAGCGGGGCAGCACCGACCGCUUCUUCCUGGAGACGCUGGAGCUGGGCGAGCUCCGCAAGGUGCGCCUGGAGCAUGACAGCAGCGGCUACUACUCGGGCUGGCUGGUGGACAGAGUGGAGGUCACCAACACCAGCACUGGCGUGGCGACCAUCUUCACCUGUGGCAGGUGGCUGGACAAGUCUCGGGGAGAUGGGCUCACCUGGAGGGACCUUUUCCCAUCUGUCUGA